AUCAUUUCUGUAAUUUAAGAAGCGCUCCUCCAGAGUCAUGAUAACUUUCGUCCACGGGUGAAAAUAGAGAGGGCCAGUCUAACUGGUAAAGUCACUUGACUUCCUUAUUGCUGCCAUCCAAUAAUAAUGGAGCGAUGCCGGCCAUGGAGCUGCACCUCACUGAACAAUAACUGAAAGAGAAAGUAAAACUCUCUCAGGGAAGUAACUCCAUUACCCUGCUUAUCUUUCAGCAGCACAGACAUGCUGUUACCUAUUUACUGACCGUCAAAAAGAAAAGAAUUGCCGAGUAUUUAGGACGAUAUAAAGACACAUUAAGUGCUGUGAAGUUAAUCUUAGGUCACGAGGAGGAAUAAAAUGUCCCGCGGUUCAAACGCAGGUUUCGACCGACACAUCACCAUAUUUUCACCGGAGGGCCGCCUCUACCAAGUCGAGUAUGCCUUCAAAGCCAUCUCCCAGAGUGGGCUGACUUCUGUGGGGGUCCGGGGCACAGACAGCGUUGUGGUGGUCACACAAAAGAAAAUACCUGACAAGCUGCUGGACUCUUCCACUGUGACCAACAUGUUCAAACUAACCCCUCGCAUUGGCUGUGUGAUGACUGGGCACAGUGGUGACAGUCGUUCCCAGGUUCACCGGGCACGAGUGGAAGCUGGAGAAUGGAAAUAUAAGUUUGGUUAUGACAUCACGGCAGACGUGUUGUGUCGCAGGUUGGCUGAUAUCUCCCAGGUCUACACACAAAACGCUGAAAUGAGGCCACUAGGCUGCUGUAUGAUCAUGGUGGCUAUGGACCCCCAGCAUGGUCCUGUCCUGUAUAAAUGUGACCCGGCAGGCUACUACUGCGGCUUCAGAGCCACAGCAGUGGGGGCCAAACAAACAGAGGCCAAUAGCUACCUGGAGAAGAAACUGAAGAAAAAGCCUGAACUGACCCACGACAGGACAGUACAGCUGGCUAUAUCAUGCCUGUCCUCUAUCCUGUCCAUGGACUUCAAGGCCAGUGAGCUGGAGGUCGGCGUGGUCACCAAGGAAAAACCAAAGUUCAGGACGCUGUCAGACGCAGAGAUAGAAGGCCACCUGGUUGCCAUAGCAGAACGGGAGUAAAGGUGCCCUCACAAACUUCAGACCGUGAUUCAUAAUCGUAUUUCAUUUUCACUGUGCUGUGAUUUAGCCCAAUUUAACAACACUGCAGCAACAGUCUGAAGACAAAGGUACACAACCUUUCACCUGUGUGUCCACGGAGGUUAAUCAUGCGCACCUGAAGGAGAAAUUCUGUUAUUAAGGAAUUAUAUAGGUUUGAUUCCCAGACAUUUCCAGUGGACUUUUUUCUUUUAUUCAAUAUGCGGACAUAAGUAACACAGUGUUUAAACUCUGGCACAUUAAACCAUCUUUAGGGGAUAACACAAGCAACACAUUCCACCUCAAUACUUUGCAACAUAUUUCCAUGAUUGAAAUACAAAGGUUUUUGGAUGCUGGUUAUUUAGUAUGACUCCUACCGGUUUUGUUUGGAUGUGUACAGAAUAUUUGUCUAACAGCUUAUUUAAUACUGUAUGUUUAUAACACCAACCUUGUUGUCAGCUCCACACUUGUAAAGUUGCAAUAAAAAAGUCCAUCAUACUCAUUGUCAACCCCUUUAAAACACCUGUCAUAAUAAAAUUGAAUAGAAAAGAA